AUGAAAAAGGAUUUGAUUAGCGAAAUUUUGGUAUAUGAACAGGACGAUAGGGGAUAUGUGUUGGAUAGCUUAAAAGAUAAAAUAUUUAAAACCAUUUUGAGCAAAAAUGAAAAUAAAAUAUGUUUUGAUUGUGGAAAUAAAAAUCCGAAAUGGCUAUCUCUGACAUAUGCGAUAUUUAUUUGUCUGAACUGUUCAGGUAAACAUAGACAAUUGGGAACUCACAUUUCAUUUGUGCGUUCAACAGGAAUGGAUAAAUUUACAGCAAAACAGUUGGUUAGAAUAUGUUUGGGAGGAAAUUUUAAAGCAAAUGAAUUUCUAAAAAAGAAUAAAGAUGGUAGCAUUAUAGAUUAUUCAUCACAUAACUGUUUAAAAUAUAAAAUGUAUUUGGACAGCUUACUGGAGGAAACAUUAUUCACACAUGGAAGGGAAUGUCAAAAUCGCACAAGUAGGUUUGAUCCUCAUGGUAGUAAUACGAACCAGUUAAACAAUUUACCCAGUGGAAAGAAUAAUCCUGAAAUAGAUUUAAUUAAUGAUGAUGUGAAAAAGAUAGAGGAGGAAGGUCCAAGCGGACAUAUUCGAAAUGAUAUGAACGAGUUUGGAAAUACAUUUCCAAAUUGUAACAAUGUUAACAGUAAUAAGAAAACAUGUGAUAUGAGUGGUAGGGCGAUUCCAACACACUUUAUCGAUGAAAAAAUGCUGUAUAAUAAUUGCAAUAAAAAUUUUAAAGCAAAAAAAAUUGACAUCAAUUUUGACGAUACCAUAUUUGAACACAAUGCAAAAGCUAACGCAGGUGAAGGUAUGAACACACAUCCUAGUGUGAACAAGAAUACUUUUAAAACUUAUGAAAGUUCAAGCGCUUUUAGUAUGAAUGAUAAUGGUUAUGGAAAUAAUAAUAGUGUGCAGAAAAACAAUUGGAGUGAGAGUAUUAGAAUUAUGCAAAGUGGAAGAGAAGAUGAGAUGAAGAAGAACCAAUAUGGAAAAGAAGGAUAUUAUGCAGGUGAUGGUGGUCAUCACCAUAUUGCAGGAAAUAAUACCAACAUUAGAGGUAGUAACAUCAUUAACAACAAUCGGAAUUGUAAUAACUUUUUGAACACAACAAAUGAUUCUAAAUUGAAUAAAUUUAAAGAUUGUAAAAGUAUAUGUUCUGAUCAAUACUUUUAUGACGAGAGGCACAAAGAUGAAGAGGAGAUAAAACCAAACGUUCAUAUAACAAAUAGCAUAUCAUCUGACCAAUAUUUUAAUAGAAAUGUUAGUAACAGAAAAGGGACUUGGAAUCUGGAUGAACAGACAAUUCAAAAUUUGCAGGGUCUCAAGGUGACUGCGAAGGAGGGUCUCUCGAAUAUUGUUGCUGCUGGCAAUGAGGUCUUUUUGAAGGCCAAAGAGUGGUUCAACAAUUAA